GUAUUAUAUAUACUCGGUGAAAACUCAUACGAAGAGAUAUUAUAACUUAUAAUAAGUAACUAGAGCUCUUGUUUGAUAGAGAUUAUCUAAAGAGAGAGUGCAAGUGAGAUGGCGUUAAACGUGAUCAAGAUCUCCCGAGUCAGUCCAGCAACAGCCACCGUCGAACCGCUCAUCGUCCCACUCUCUUUCUUCGAUUUACAAUGGCUUAAACUAAACCCUACGGAGCAAGUCUUUUUUUACAAACUCACCGAAUCAUCAUCUCGCGACUCUUUCUACUCCUCCAUCCUCCCCAAGAUCGAGCGAUCUCUUUCACUCGUCCUCUCUCACUUUCUCCCAUUUACGGGUCACCUCAAAUGGGGCUCUCAAAACCCUAAGCCGCAUCUUGUUGUUCUCCCGGGAGACAUUGUAUCUCUCACAAUAGCUGAGAUGGAUGCGGAUUUCACGCGUAUCUCUGGCAAAGGACUUCGACCUGAGCUAGAGUUACGCCCUCUGAUACCUAAACUACCAAUUCAUUCCGACUCUGCCGCGGUUGUUUCUCUACAAGUCACAUUUUUUCCAGACCAAGGCUACUGCAUCGGAACCACUAUCCACCACGUCGUCGUGGACGGCAAAACGGCUGAGAAGUUUAACAAUGCAUGGGCUCACACUUGUAAACACGGAACCGUACCCAAAAAUUUACCAACGGUUUUAGAUCGUUCUGUCGUCAAUGUUCCAGCCGGAUUCGAACGGAAGCUCUUGGAACUUCUGCCGUAUCUCACGGAAGACAAAGAGAACGCAAGAACCCUGAUGCUCCCUCCAGUCAAAGAAAUAAAUGCUAAAGACAACGUCCUCCGAACCACAAUCGAGGUGACUCCUAAAAACAUUGAGAAACUCAAGGAGCGAGCCAAGAAAGAGUCAUCUCGGGCAGAGCUUCACUUGUCAACAUUCGUAGUCACGUUCGCCCACGUGUGGACAUGCAUGGUGAAGGCCCGUGGAGGCGAUGCAGAUCGACCGGUUCGUUUCAUGUACGCUGCUGAUUUCAGAGACCGGCUAGACCCACCAGUUCCUGCGACCUACCUUGGGCCUUGUGUCUUAGCCAUGGAUUUCUAUAAAUACAAAGCGAAGAAGUUUUUAGGGGACGAUGGAUAUGUCAAUACCGUCGAAAUUCUGAGUGACUCGGUCAAAAGGUUACGUUCACAAGGGGUGGAGUCAACUUGGAAGUGUUAUGAAGAAGGAACAAAGACGAUGGAAUUGGGUACGCAGCUGAUGGUCGUAAACGGGUCGAACCAGAUUGGGAUGUACGACACGGAUUUCGGGUGGGGGAGACCGGUACACACCGAGACUAUGUCUCUCUACAAGAAUGAUGAGUUCUCUAUGUCCAAGAGAAGAGAUGGGAUCGGUGGCGUCGAGAUUGGCGUCUCUUUGAAGCAAUGUGAGAUGGAUGUUUUUUUGUCUCUGUUUACAAAUGCACUCAUCUAGCUAAACUGAAUUCGGAAAAAUUAGUCCAGAUUUUGAUUACUCGUUUUAUUAUGUUUUUUUACUUCUAGUUGAAUAAUUGCGCUAAACGCAAGUCUCUGAAUUGUUGUUUUUUUUUUUUUUUUGUGGUCUUUUUAAAAAAUUGUAUUUUAUGAUUGCUAUGUGAAUAACUGUGUUACGUGCGGAUUUA